UCGAAAUCGAAAAGGGUCGUAUGAUUUCAAUAACGUGACAUGAUGAUAUCAAUGUCAUGCCUAAUGUGAUAUGUUAAUAUUAGCGUCACAUUGUGUAAUAUCAAUGCUACACAUAAACUAAUACCUGAAUUGUAAAAAAUUUAAAAUAUAAAUCUCUAAAUUGAAAAUAAAAUAAAGUUUUAACUUUGAAUGAAUUUCAAAAUAAUAUGAAAAAAAAAAAAUCCAUCCAUCCAUACGUCCGAAAGCUUCUAAACCCUUAAUAACAAUCUUGAUCUUCAGUUUUCUUAUAUCUAAGCCACGUGUCACACAGCUUCAUGGGUGCACUAUAAUCAGCUAUGUGCUACCGCGUGGAACCAUUACUUGCAAGACGGAUCCACCUGCCCAAAGCAACCUAGCUAAAGUCUAAACUCCAAAACCAACACUAAUUAUUAAUUUAUUACAAAAAUCCCCCAACGGUCACAAAACUAGUUAGACCCACCAACGUUCGGUCAUUCUCCUCUCUGAUUCUUUCCCACCAAUCUACUAAACGUUACGUUCUGACACAUGAACAGUAUCUAGUAAAUCUUGCCCUCGGUUUCAGAGUCUGUUUCUCUCUCAAAACCCUGCAAUCUCAUUUUAGAUUUCUGGGUCUUCCGUUUUUUCUCGUAAAGUUCUUCUCUUUACAAUGGAACCAGCAAAAAUAGAUUGGAAAAGAGUGGAGUCUAUAUUUGUUAAAGACAAUUUAUAUGAGAAUAUAAACGCACCUAAAUGGGUUGAUUUCUUGAACCCUGGAGAUGACUUCAUAGACGAUGAUGCCUGGUUCUGUAGACCUGAUUGUAACCAUCCAAAGACAGCUGAGGAUUUCUUUAGAACAACUCCAGCUUCAAAGCUUUUACGCUCAGCUGACAAAUCUAAGAGCCCUUUUGGCUACGGGAACCCAAGAGAUGCAAAAUUGAAGAGGAGAGGGCAAAGUCAAUGUUCAUUUACAUAUAGUGAUAGAUCCAAAUUCAGCGAAGAUAGUGAAAACAAGAACCCAAAUUUAUCAACACCACCAAAUUACCAAGCUAAGUUCCUGAAAGAAAUGACCAAAUCCAGCGCUGAGAAGAAGAAACCAGUUGAUGAUAUAUUUCAAACCAAUGAGGCACCAAGGCUAAAGAGCACGUUAUCGGCCAGGAAUUUGUUUGCAGGGAAGGAGAUACUAUGUCAUAUUAGUGAGUUCUGCAAUGAAUUGAAGAAGAUAGCAAGGAGGGCAAGGGAGAGAGUGUGUGAUGAGAAGUUGAAUGAGAAGGAGAGUCAGUUGAGGCAGAAAAAAGAUGUGGCAGUGGUGAACGGGAGUUCUAGAGAGGCUUUGGGGAAGGUGGAUGUGAAGGAGAAAGAGAGGAAGCCAUUGCUUGAAUCAGGGAAGGACAAAUCUGAAGGAAUUGAGAAAGGAAGUGUCAAAGAGAAGCAAAGGAGGAAGAAAUUAAAUGAAGAUGCAGAGAACAUUCCUGUCCCUCUAAAUUUGGAAAAUGUAAGGCACAAAGGAGAGGGGCGCUUGCUGCAAAUUCGAACCAAUCCUCCUUCUCCUCAAUGCUUUUCUGCCACGCGCUCACCCACCAAAACCACCCCUUCAAAGGCUUCGAAAUCCAGGCUUAUGGAGAGGGGCAUUCUUCAAGAAGUGAAGCAGAGUAAGGAAGUGGCAAAGGAGGAAACUGAGGACAAAGGCAGAAACUUUUCCAUUGUGGAUGGAAGAGAAACAAAAGCUUUGGAUGUAUUCUGGUUCCUGAAGCCCUGCACAAUGUCCAGCUAAAAUGAUUUGAUUUAGCAAUUAUUUGAAAUUCAUUCAUUCAUUCUUUCCAUUCUUUCAUUAUCCUCCAGUUGAAACUCAUCACAUUUCAUUUAUUUUCUUAUUCAUAGACCCAAACCUUAAGAUCCUAGGUCCCUACUCAGAUUCUUUUGAUGUCAAUGAGAGAAACUGUAAUUAAUCAUCCAAUUGUACUGGAAUUCAUUUGAGCAAAUAAAUUAGUGUAUUUUUUACCUACAAAUUUUACAACUAAAGCAAAUCACAAGUGAAAGAAAUCAUCAGCCUUUUUCUUUUA